UUCCAUUCAUCACUUUCUUUCAAACGAAUUUGAUGGUAUCCAGAUUUAAGGUCUAUCUUACAGAACACACUAGAUCCUUGCAAUUCAUUCAACAUAUCAUCCAUUAUAGUAAUAGGAUGUCGAUAAUUUACCCUGAGGUUGUUGAUGGCUCGACAAUCAACGAACAUACGCCAAGUCUUAUCCUUCUUAGAUACGAGGAUGAUGGGUACAACACAAGGACUCAUGCUCUCUCGAACAUGGCCCUUCUCCAUCAACUCAUCCAUCUGCCUUUGAAGCUCUUUGGUUUCCUCCGGAUUGGUUCGAUAUGCCGGUUUGUUUGGAAUCAAAGCUCCAGGGACGAAGUCGAUUUGAUGCUCAACCCCUUUGAUGGGAGACAACCCUUUUGGAGCUUCAUCGGGGAAGACAUCCUCGAAUUCCUUCAAAACAAGUUGAACACAGCUAGGCAAAGCCUUAAUGUUGUUAGAGCUAAAAAAAAGUGUCUCCUUGUAAAGGAGCAUGAAGAAAAGUCUAAAGUUCGUGACAAUUGCCCCGUGAACAUGAAGUGCAGGCGUCCAGGAAUCAGCUGCAGUUCACGGUCAGAGCUGCGUGGUCACGGUCACCAGGACUGUGAACUGGAACCACAAACCACGAACCAAAGGGCAUCUAGAAGAGUUUCAGAGGUUACUGACGCUGAGGAAGUUCACGAUCAUAAGACCGUGAACUAAAGCCAUGGACCGUGAACUCAACAAAUGAAGCGGCGUGUUUUUGGCUGUGUUCACGAUCGUGGCCUGAUUUUCACGGCCGUGAACUGGGACCGUAAACUGGGCAAUGUUUACCUCAUGUAGAGUUUGCAUAUAAUAGGGUUGUUCAUUCUACCACUAAUGUUUCACCAUUUGAGAUUUUGUAUGAAUUUUAUCCUUUAACCCCAUUGGAUUUGACUUCAUUACCUGUCAAUGAGUGUGUGAAUUUAGAUGGCGCGAAGAAAGCAUAGUUUGUUCGAGGUUUGCAUUAGAGGGCGCGACUGAACAUAGAUAGAUGGACGGAGCAGAUUCUGAAGAACUUGAACAAGCAUCAGCAUCCUUAACGAUUCAAGCCAGGAGAUUGGGUCUAGGUGAACAUGAGGAACAUUUUCCCCAUCAACGACGUUCUAAGUUGCUGCCUCAUGGAGAUAGUCCCUUUCAAUUCCUCUCAUCAAUGACAAUGCCUACAAUCUUGAUUUGCUGAGCGAGUAUGCUGUGAGUGCUACAUUAAAUGUUGGUGACUUAGCUUCUUUCCUUGAAGAUGACUGAGAUUUGAGGGAAAAUCUUUUUAAAGUGGAGGGGGAUGAUGAGGCAUCAACACCAAGGCGAUCUCAAGUCCAACUCUUGUGAUAGAGGAACGUGGUCCGGUCACUAGAAGUCAAGCCAAAGCAUUUAAGGGUCAACUUCAAGCUUAUUUGACCAAGAACUUCACCAAUAUGGAGGCCGACUUGUUCGUGAGAUGAGAAGUAAAGAUAAUUGGAGUUGGGUUACUUCAGGGAAAAAACCCGACCAUGGAAGUGAAGAACCCAAUCGGGUAAUUCGAGGCCAAGACUGUGUAAUAGAGAGAUGUCGAAUAUUUUGGGGUUGUUGCUGCCGACGAGUUUAAUGUUUCCUUUGAGGAUUAUGUGACUUUUACAUCAAAAUUCAGGUUUUUAUAUAAUCUCAAAUUGGCCGUUAACAUAGUUGGAAUUGAUUUAUCAUGAAGGCAAGCUAUGUACGUUGAAGAACACUAAUUUUUGGCUAAGCCUUUUUACAGUUUCAGGUGGCCAACUUUGGACGUGUGCAACUCGUGAUUGGCUUGGUGAAAAUUCGACAUCAAGAGCUUGUAUUGAAUAAGAAGAGUUGUUGUUUCCAUUGACAUAUUUUGGAACUCAAAAGGAAGCCCAGAAGGUUGUUUUUCAGGUUGAUCAAAGUGCUUGCUCAACCAAGGCAAAACUGCCAAAAUUGCCUAAGUUGGAAACAAAUUCACGAGGGUGACUUUGAACUUCAAUUCGAGGAGUUUGGGCAGGGUUCAAAUUGCCAUAUUGAUGUCACAGGAAAAUAGGCAUUUCAUACUACAACGUCAGGGAAUUGGAUGACUGGAACGAAGCUGGAAAGACUUCGAACAAAUGCCAGCAAGAUCGUCCGAAGCAUGAAGAAAUUGCCUUGCAAACCAGUGUCUGAAUUUGAAGACACUAAUCAUACGUGAUGGAGAGUAUGUCAGUGAUGAAGAGGGAAAAGGGAAGGAUGAUGAUGUAUCGACUGAAGAGGAAGUCGAUGAGGAGAUCAUCAUGGCGACUCCAACACCUUGCAAAAUUCUGACAAUAAACCAAAGGACUUUGA